UCGACUCCAUUAGCUCCAGCUGUCCAGCUUCUCCAGUCACAUCAGGUCCAGCAACACAGGCAAAUUCGCAAAUGGCUUCGAGCGUCGUCUGUCGCAUCAUAUUUGUAACCGGCAACAAAGACAAGCUGCGAGAAGUAGUGACGAUAUUGGGCAAGAUACCUGGUUUCGAAUUGGAUAACCGUGCAGUGGAGCUGGUGGAGCCCCAGGGUGAAAGCGACGCCGUCUGUCGGACCAAAUGUGAGGCUGCUGCACGCCUAGUGGGUGGCCCGGUGCUGGUGGAGGAUACAUCACUGUGCUUCAAUGCCCUGGGUGGCCUACCCGGACCCUACGUCAAGUGGUUCCUCGACAAGAUCGGCUCCGAGGGACUCCAUCGCAUGCUGGCGGGCUUUGAGGACAAACAUGCGGAGGCGGUGUGCACGCUGGGCUUCAGCCCGGGUCCCGAGAAGCCGGUGCACUUGUUCCACGGCCGCACGCAGGGCACCAUAGUGGCACCCCGAGGCAGCAACAACUUUGGCUGGGACACGUGCUUCCAGCCCAAGGGGCACAGCCGCACCUACGCCGAGAUGAGCACGGCUGAGAAGAACGCCAUCUCGCACCGGCACAGGGCGGUGGAGGCGCUGCGCCAGUUCCUGCUCUCGCCGGACGCCGCCCGCGAGUGCGGUGGCAGCUUUUGACAUUUUCUAGUAGGCGCAGUAGGAUGCAUGUACAUAAAUGGCAGGUGCGAGUAAUUUGCCAUAACUUUUGAAUGUGAUACAAGGACGCGCCCCUGUGUUUUGUUAUGUCUUCUUUAAUGGACUAUUAGAACAUUGAGCUUUUGUUAAACAAGGGUUGACUAGGUUUUUAAGCACUGGCUUACAAGAAUGGUUGUGGCUACAUGGCAACAAUAGAGAGACAGGAGAGCCAAGAAGCCUUAGAGCGAGAAGCCGCUUGCUACUACGUCUGCUCAAGUUCACAGAGGAGCAGGAGGGUUGUGGAGUAUUUAGAAGGAGCCCUUGGCCAGUGUGCAACCUUGCACAGGAUGGUGGCACCAUUUUUCUGUUCUUCUUGUAACAGCUUGUGCUCUCUCAUUCACUGAUGUGGGUUAAAUUUUUUUAACUGCCUCUGCCACAAUUGUGCCUUUUAUAAUGUGAUUAGACAAAUUGGUGGCGAUAAUUUUGAAAUUGCAACUAUUUUGUUGUGAUGUAUGUGUGACGCAUUAGACAUACACUAUACAGAAGGAAGUCCGUUAGUCGGUGAUUGAAAUGCGGUGUUUUGGGCUUAAUAGGAUCACAGAUUAGGAGCAAAACAGUACUGAUAUAGUGCAAAACUGACAGUUCCACUACCUAUUGCAGUAUUCAUGUUGCCUACUAGCAGUGCUUUAUGCUUUAACAUUUGAUUAUUUAAGUGCGGAAGUUUUGAAGCCAUGCCCAGUUCACAAAAUUCCGUAGACUUGCAGUACUUUAGAAAUAUACUCCCCUGAAAUGCACUGUGAAAUACAUUGUUGCUUUGUUAGGUAUUUUGCGAAAGGCCUCCAAAUAUACACAUAUUUGGAAAAAGGUGUAUGAUGGCAGAUGCAGGGGAUGAAUAUAUAUAGCAAACAGUUACAGUCAGCUUGUCUUAAUCCGAUCCCAAUGGGAAAGAUGCAAUAGAAUUAGCGAAUGGGUUGAAUUAAACAAGAGACAAGAAAAGCACUGAAACUCGCCACUGAUUUGUCAACACACCCUCCGAUGCAAUGCACACCCAUUUUUUUACGAGUUCACAAGUUAACCUACAAAUGACAUUACUAGCUCUAGGGCUUUAUCCGGUGUACACCAUGAACCAUUUAGUAGCUGCCUUUGAUUGAUGGCUCUCAAAUUUAUCAAAAAAAAACCUAGGUUACACUGGGGCAACACUUCAAAAAGCAUAACGUUGCUGACAAAGUCUUCUUGCAGUAUCGGCCCUCUACACAACCACCCACGUUACACCCUCUCUCUUUUAGAAGAACCCCACCUAUAUAUACUGUGGUGAGGAAUGCAUAUGUUGCCUUAAAGAAGACAAGUUCACUUGUCGAAACGUUGGCUCCAGCUUUCACCUUGUUCUCGUUUUGCACACCAUUAGUUCCUAUAGAAAGUACAAAUUUAAUUUAAACCUGAUCUUUUUAAUAAGAAAAUCUUAGUACACCUCUGAUUCUUGCAAUAAGAAAAAGAUGAUACCAGGAAGCUUUACCUUCACGUAGUCAAAAUUUGUUUACGUAUGCUCAUUGUCAUCAUUCUUGGUCCGCACUUUGUCACCACAAUGUGUGUUCCGUACAGUCCAUAGCCGUUUGAUAUCCUGCAUUGAUGAAACGACUCUGCAAGAAUUGCGAAUGGGAUGGUGGGCCAUUCCUAGAACAACCACUUUGCUAAUUCUUCAUGUGGCACAUGUACUUUCUGUAACGGCAAAAAAUGCUUGAAGUGACUUGCUUGUUGUCGCUAUAUAGCUUAGCAUUAAAAUAACUAGAGAUGUGUAAGUACCGGAUCGUAGAUUUCAAAUUUAAUAUCGGAUCAAGAAAAAAAAGCCGAAUAUUGAAUUAUGAAGAAGUCCCCUUUCAGCCACAUGCUCUGGGACCUCCUUCUGUAUACUUAUUUAAGCAUGUAUAUCCACUUAUCAGAUAAAUAAACUGAAAUAUUAGAAAAUUUAUCACCAAGUUUAGUGCUUACAAAUUUUGGCCAAGAAAUUUGGUGCUGCACAUAAUUAAAGAAUCUACUAGCAUUGUAUAACAAGAAUGUAGCAAGCUAUCAGUAACCUAAGUACAUAGAAAUCAAGAUUUUCAUGGCAUUACCUUGCGAGUUUGCGAGUUUAGAAUAAAAUGGAACCAAAGGUUCAGAGUUCCCCCCAAGAAGCUCAUUAGAAGAGUGCUCCAAAAUUAUUGAAAACUCUGACUCAGGGUCGACUUCCAUUAUGCAUAGGUUGGUCUUGAUUGUCAUGGUUGUGUGCCUCUUCUGUGUCUCCACGAAGCCAGGGCUUUGUCCGGACUACACCGUGAACCAUGCAGUAGCCACCUUUGACUGAUGGCUCGCAAAUUUAUAAAGAAAUCCCUGUUUUACACUGGGUCGACACUUCAAAAACAUAAUGUUGCUGGCAAAGUCUUCUUGCAGUGUCGGCCAUCUCAUGCUGGUGGCGGCAGUGCGUGCCUGACUUAGUGCAGUCGUUUAACAUGUCACAAGUCUGGUUGGACACGAGACCUACAAGGCGCUGACGCCAACCAUUGGCCGACUCUUCAUGACAGUGUAUCGCUGCGACCAUUUUAUGCCAGGCAGGCAACGACGCAACAAACACGUGCAAGUUGUCAAAGUUGGCGACGGAACCAACAGCAUUAACGCACUGGCCAUUACACGACUGGUCCCCCACGUGAUUGGCCGCCAAACUGACAAUGCGAUAGCCGCAGUGCCUUCACUUGUAUGUUUCAGUUUAUUGAGCAUCCUUUGUCACACCAUGGUAUGUUAAAAUACAAUGAUCCAAUAUUCAUAUACAACGAUAGUGGUUAAAAAAACAACAAAUAAAAUCAAACAGUGAAAAAAAUGCAAGGACAGGAAUUGAAAGCUGCUGGAAUAGCAGCUUGACGGAAUUCCUGACCCUGAUAUUUUAGAGCAGUUUGUCAGCAAAUAGUAAAAUAAAAUACAUGUACAUAAAAAA